AUGAAAAUUUACCUUGUUCUAGCAGGUCUCUUCCUGCUGCUGGCUACUGCCAUAGCCAGUGGAUCUAAGUUCUUCUAUGCGAACAAUGGAUCGCAAUUUUACAUCCGUGGCGUUGCUUAUCAGGAGGACUACAAUGCUGGAGGAGCUGAAGGUACCGGUCAGUCGAGCGAUGUUCAUUACACCGACCCUCUGGCGGAUGGUUCACACUGCGAUCGUGAUAUCCCGUACCUUCAACAACUUCGGGCCAACGUUAUCCGGACCUACGCUGUCAACCCAACCAAGAGCCACGAUGAUUGUAUGAAAAAACUGGCUGAUGCAGGAAUUUAUGUUAUUGCCGAUCUGUCAUCCCCUCGGUUGUCGAUUGUCUCCGAUUCCCCUUCCUGGACCGUGGAACUGUACGAUCGAUACACUGCUGUGGUUGAUUCCUUCCAUCAGUAUGAUAAUGUGAUUGGGUUCUUUGCCGGCAACGAGGUGGUGGACAAAGCGAAUCAGACAAUGGGCUCAGCAUUCGUCAAAGCAGCUGUGCGCGACAUGAAAGCCUACGUCAAAGAAAAGGGGUACAGGAAAUCCUUGGGCUUUGGCUACGCAACUACCGACCAGCCAGAUUUCCGUAACAAGCUCACAGACUAUCUCAGCUGUGGAGACCAGUCAACCUCCAUUGACUUCUUCGGUUACAAUAUCUACGAGUGGUGUGGAGACAGCACGUUCCAGGGCUCCGGUUACAAAAACCUCACAGACCAGUACAAGGAUUACCCUCUCCCAAUAUUCUUCUCUGAGUAUGGUUGCAACACAAUCAGGCCUCGAAAAUUUGGCGACAUCUCUGCGAUUUUCGGACCGGAUAUGGAAAACGUCUGGAGCGGUGGUAUUGUCUACAUGUACUUCCAAAGUACCAACAACUAUGGGCUCGUCUCUGUGGACGGGAAUUCCGUCAGCACCCAACAGGAUUUCAGCUAUUACUCGAAGGCCAUUCAAACUGCCACUCCCAGUGGUGUCAACAGCGGCAGUUAUACCCCUACAAAUUCUCCGCACGCUUGUCCCACUGCCAACGAAGUGUGGUUGGUAAAGUCUAGUCCCCUGCCACCUUCUCCAAAUAAAGAGUUGUGUUCCUGCAUGGUGAACAGUCUGUCGUGUGUGGCCAGUGAAUCUCUGCAUGCAGACCAGUACGGAGAUUUGUUCGGCACAGUUUGCGGAAGUGACAAAACCGCCUGCGAUGGAAUUUCCCAGAACGCAACCACGGGGCAGUAUGGUGCCUACAGUAUCUGCACCAAUAAAGAUAAGCUUUCCUACGUCUUCGACCGCUACUACCAGGGUCAGAGGAAGGACCAGUCGGCGUGUGAUUUCAAAGGGGCAGCGUUGAUUCAGUCUGCCAAGGCUUCAUCUAAACGUUGCGAGUCACUUCUCAGACAGGCUGGCACAGCUACAACGGACCAAGCCAUAGGGGCAACGUCGUCCCCAUCCAAGGGGGAAGGUGCGCGUGCGCGUGGGAGUGAGAAGAAAACCUGGUACAGUUACGUCGUCUGGGGGUUUUCUCUAGCAUUAUUUGCUAUCGUGCAUCAAUAUGUGCUUGAUUGCACUAUCAACUAUUUGAUUAAUCGGUGA